AUAAGCAAGCGAAUGCGAGCCAGAACCUCACGAAGCAGAGGGAUGCUGUGCUACUUUACGGAAUGACUUAAGUACAUCGAACGAUAUAGAUAUAAACAUAAAGUAAUGUCCUCAGGAGUUGUGGCCGAAGUGGGGGCCUCUUAGUAAACGUAGUAUAGAAGUUGUAGUAGCUGCUUCUAUCACGUUGUAUUAAGUAAUGCAGGGUGGAGUCGUGAUGUCCUAAUAUUAUAUCUUUGAAGGUAUUGUUCUUCGCGACUCUUCAAGGCCAAAUAUCAAUGCGUAUCUUGCAUAUGUGUCGGUAUAUUGAUGAAGAUACGGAUUACCUAAUUCCUUUAAGGUUUCAUUUACAUCAAAUUCAUAAAUUUGACAUAGACACAAUCACAAGCACUAGUGCGACGGACGUUUACAGCGAAGAUCUUUUACUGAGAAGAUCCAUCAUUGUUUGAUAGCCCUUUUACAGUGAAGACCCAGAGAGCCCUAAUGCCUGCGUCUCGCGGAAUACGAUGAAGGCCUGCUUACUGCCCAACAAGCGCACAAUACGAGCAUGGCCGUUCUAGAGCUCAAGAAGAGCAACCUAGAGGGCCAAACCGAAAUUUUGAAGCGGAAGCUGGCUGAGGUUAUCUACAAAGAUUAUGGCGAAAAGCGAGGUUAUUUAUAUACAGUACUCCCCGGGCCGGGGUGCCCCGGGAGACGUUAAAGAAGGGAGAAGACAUUUUUUCAGGGGCGUGGGCUUGCCAGAAUGGUUUCACAAGGUGAAACAAGCGCCCGGAGGGCGCUCGGGCGCGCGCUCCCCUCUGCCAAGUGGUAGGCGGAAGCGGGAGGAGCAACAAGCAAGGCGAGGGCCGUCUUCGUGUGGUUUGUUGCCCUCCCCGCGAGGGUGCCCGAAAAUGACAGCGAAAAAGGUGGGAGCCUGAUCCCAGGACGGUCGCAAGCGCCGGUGGGCAGUUAAGCCCGCAAAAUUAUGGGCGCCAUUUUCCUCGCGUCGGCCAUGGUUGGCGCUGGGUGUUUGUGGUUUUUUCCUCUUCUCUCCUUUGGUCGUUCGUGGCUCCGUGUCCGAGCUAUAGCGAACAACGGCCGCGAAAACGAAGACACUGGAGGCCCGCGAGCGCUUUCCGCAAUGAUAGCGAAAAGAGUGGGGGCCCGUUCCUAAUAUGAUAGCAACCAAGCCCGGCGGGCAUUAAGUAAUUAAAUACGCAACGCCAUGGGCACCACUUUCAACGCGUUGGACAGAGUCGGCGCGCGUGUUCGUGGUCUUUCCUUCUUCUCCUUCUCUGUCCCGCUCGCGGCCGUGCGUGUCUGUGAACUACAGCGAACACCAAGAACAACCAGAGCAAAAGAGCACAGAAGCCCGCGAGGGCUGCCCGGAAGUGACUGCGGAGAGAGUGGGAACUUGUUCCCACGGUGGCAGCAUCAUUCAAGCCACCAAGGAAGCCUCGGCGGGCAGUUAAACACGCAACACCAUGGGCGCCAGCUUCGACGUGUUGGCCAUGGCUGGCAGGGGUGUCCGUGGUUUUUUCUCUUUCUCUGUCUUGUUCGUGGCUUCGUGUCCAAACUAUAGCGAACAACGAACCCAAAGAAAUAAACGGAGGCCCGCGAGGGUUUUCCAAAAGUGAUGGCGAAAAGCGGGGGGACUCGUGCCCAAGAUGGUAGCCACAAGCAGCCAGGCGCCGGCGGGCAGGUAAAUACGCAACACCACGGGCACCACCUUCAACGCGUUGGCCGCCCAUGGUUGGCGCGGGUGUUCGUGGUUUUUUCUUCUCCUCUUUCUCUGUCUUGUGUUGUCCGUGGCUCCGUGUCGGUGUCUGAACUUUGGCGGAGCUGGUUCUGGCGUUGUUGUUGCUGUUGUUGUUCUUGUUGCUUGUUGUUGUUGCUGUUGUCGUUGCUGUUGUCGUUGCUGUUGUCGUUGCUGUUGUCGUUGCUGUUGUCGUUGCUGUUGUCGUUGCUGUUGUCGUUGCUGUUGUCGUUGCUGUUGUUGCUGUUGUUGCCGUCGUUGCUGUUGUUGCUGUUGUCCUUGUUGCUGUUGUCUUUGUUGCUGUUGUCCUUGUUGCUGUUGUCCUUGUCGCUGUUGUCCUUGUUGCUGUUGUCUUUGUCGCUGUUGUCUUUGUUGCUCUUGUUGUUGUUGUCGUUGUUGCUGCUGUCUUUGUUGUCUUUGUUGUUCUUGUCGUCUUUUUUGCCCUUGUUGUUCUUGUCGUUUUUGGUGUCCUUGGUGUAGUUCUUGCCGUCCUUUAGUGUUCACAGACAUGGGACGAAGGGCUCCGCGUCGUUCGGUUUGCUGUGUGUAGUCGACGCGCGUGGGCAAUGUCGUAAAAGCUAGGGCCUGGACGAGAGUAGUGCGGGCCUUUGCGCUGGUUUGUUUCAUAGAUUUUGCCGUGGUUGUUUUUGUUGUGGUUGUUGCUCCUUCUCUUGUUGUCACUGCUGCUGCUGUCGUGGUUGUGGUUGCUGUUGUUGUUGUCGCUGUUUUCGUUGGGGUUGUUGUUGUUUGGGUUGUUGCCGUUGGGGCUGUUGUUGUGGUUGUGGCUGUCGUGGUUGCUGUUGGGGCUGCUGUUGUCGUUGUUCGCUGGUGUGAUUGGGGGCGCCGUUGUAAUCGUUGUCGCGCCUUGGGGGUCUUUCAGCGUUUACGUGAUGGGUGUCGCAGGGGUCUCUCCUCGUUCGUUGUUGCGUGGGCUUUGGUGUUCUUGGGGCUGCUGUUGUUGUUUGGGCUGUCACUGUUGUGGCUACUGUUGGGGCUGUUGCUGUUGUGGUUAUUGAUGUGGCGGCUGUUGUUGGGGUCGUUGCUGGGUGUGUUCUUGUGGUCGUGGUUGUGACUUAUUGGUCUUUUAGUGUUCACCUUAAAGGCGUCGCAAGAGUCUUUUAGUGUUCACGUUAAAGGCGUUCCGAUGGUCCUUAGGGUCCUCGAGUGUUCUCCUUAGAUGCGUCUUCGGGGUCCUUUGGUGUUCACAUUACAGGCCUCCUAAGGGUCCGCAAAGGCCUCAGGAGGGUUCUUCAGUGUUCAGAUUAAAGGCGGCGGCCCUUUAGUGUUCACAUUAAAGGGCAGAACGCGUGGCGCGGUUUUUAAUGUAUUCUACAUAGAGUAUAAGCUAUCUAUACUAGGAGCUACAACUACAACUUACAAAGAUUAAUAUAGCAGAUCUUCUAGAGGUCACCUGCAAAGAUUGAUAAAACUCAUCUUUGUAGAGAUCAGCUUUUGUAUUUGUUCUAUGGUUCUAGCUAUCGGCUUUAUUUCUUAUAUUUUGAUGCUGGACAACGACAACUUCAACUAGAAGAUUCAUUUCUAUGCUUGUGUAACCCUAUAACAAGCGAGACAAGAUGAGAAAUACAAGAGACCAAUAUUAGGAGAGACAGUGGUGAAUGCGAGUAUGAUAGAUGAUAGAUAGGGAGACUACAACCACAAACUGCAGCGAGAAAAUUUGGUGAAACAAAAGGAAUGAAAUACUUUACAGGACACUGUUUCAAACAAGGGAAUAAUAUAGAUACGACGUUGUCGGUGAAACAAAAGGCAUGAGUUCCUCUACAGGACACUGUCUCUAAGAAAAAGCGAACUUUUCGUCGCGAACGAAUCAAACCAUUGCGGACUACGCCAAUCUCACCUUGACGCAGAAUCUGCUGCGCAAUGACACUUUGCAGAAGCAUGAGGAUGAGGUACUUAAUAUGUAUUUGGAUACUUAAGUAGUCCAUGUGCAGCUAUGCUAACGACUCUUGUCUACUAUGGAUAGAUGGAAAACUAGUUGUAGAUACUAACUACGGAAUUUACAGAAUAUGAGCUGGUAUAAGUAGUUCUGUACAACGACUUACAAUUGGAGGAUAGCUAGUACUUAGACACUAGAAGCAUCGGCUGCUAAUUCUGUAGAAUCAGUACAACAAAUUGUACUUGGAUAGCUGCUACUACUUCUGUACAACAAACAACUAAUCACAGUUGUAUUUGGAUAGCUGCUACUUCUGACGUACAACUUCUAGCACAGAAGAUUGGGCCUCACCGUCGCGCUCUUGUAGAAGGGGGAACAAGUUGUACCUACGAAGGUGGUGUUUAUUGAAUAAUUCGCAUUUUGCAUUAGAAGCAAAAAAUAUAAAUUACAUCUUCCAGAUCCAAGCGAAGACCUUGUUUUACAAGGAAUUGCUCCAGAACGAGACAGCUGUGGCUAUUGCCGGUUAUCUGGCCAACAGGACUCGGACGAUCAGAUUAUUAUGACAAAAGCCUGCCUAGAUCUAGAACUUGAAGCACAAUUAAUAGCGAAAAGCCGACCUAGAACUUGAUGCUUCAUUUAGUCACAACUGAACCAGGCAGCUACCCGUAGCUGCUACGUGGUUCAAAUGAAACGAAAUGAAGAACUUGGUGGAACAUGAUUCAAAAAAUGAAAUAAUUCAAAAAUACACACUUAGUAAGGAUCAUCUCCACGCCCUCCAAAACUGGCCAUUUUAGUCUCUGCUGGAGACCUUCUGAUGAGCAGUUGCUGGAGUCAUUGACAACUCAUGGUCUUAGUAAGAAUUCUGAGGGGAUGAAGAAAGGGAAGCAAGCCACUCAACCACGAAAGAUGGUAAAAGAAGGGUAUAUUCAACUUCAUAUAUCUCAUCUAUACUAUGAACGAUAUCCUCAUCUACUUCACACAUAGGGCACCUAAUAAACUACCGCCUCUAAGUUGAGUGCUCUUGAUCGAAGAUACAAGGGUCGAUAGUUCGGUAGCCUCGACCUUCAAAACCGCAGAGGAC